AUGCAUGUCAAUGUUUUAACUCGAUCUCAUCUGGCUGAAGCUUUUCAUUUUUUCAUAUGUGCUGGUGGUAUUCUUCUAUGUUAUUUCUAUUUUGGAAUUCAACAGGAAAGGAUUGUGCAAGGAAAAUAUGACAACGGCGAAAAAUUUACUUACACCCAAGCUUUGGUGUUUUUCUUGUGUGCUGCAAAUACGAUUUUUGCUUGGGUUCUUCGUCCAAAGCAUGACAUUGAUACGGUGCCAACGAAAAUGUACGGCGUUUGUGCCGCUAGCUAUCUUGGUGCCAUGAUCUGCAGUAAUCAGGCUCUUCAGUAUCUACCGUAUCCGACCCAGGUUCUGGCAAAAUCGUGCAAACCCAUUCCUGUUUUGGUUUUCGGCGUUUUGUUUGCAGGAAAGAAAUACUCAUGGCGUAAAUAUGUAUUUAUUGUUAUGAUUGUGAUAGGGGUGGCUAUGUUUCUCUAUAAGGAUAAGAAGUCAUCUGUAGAAAGACAAAUAGGAAUCGGCGAAUUUCUAUUGUUGUUAUCUUUAACCAUGGAUGGAACAACAACUUCUAUUCAAGAUAGAAUCAACAAGAGCUAUAAGCGCAGCACUCUGAGUAUGAUGUUCUUCAUGAAUUAUUUCUCAACGAUAUAUCUUAUGAUUGGUUUAUUCGUUACCGGUGAACUUUUCGAAUUCAUUGGAUUCGUUCAACGGCAUCCAUAUGUUUUGUUUGAACUAUGUUUUGUAGCUGCUUCAAGUUGUGGAGGACAGUAUUUCAUAUUUAAAACGAUUAGUGAAUUCUCUCCGCUUACUUGUUCUGUGAUCACUACCACACGGAAGCUGUUUACUAUUAUUAUCUCCGUGGUGUUCAUGAAUCAUCCUUUACUGGAGAGACAAAAAUGGGCGACUUUCAUCGUGUUCUCAGGACUCAUCAUGGAUGCUGUCGACAGCAAACUCUCGAGAAAGAGGCCUCAUCCUGGUUAA